AUGGUCUCAGGACCAAGUUCGAAUUCCACCGGGGGCUUGAACAGCUCAAGAAGCCUCAAGAAUGGUGGAGAUGCUAGAGGCACUCGCUCAGCUCCGCGAGACUUUGAUGACAUUAUGGCAGAUUCAGAGGAGGAAGUGACUACUAGAGGAGACUUGACGAACGAUGUGACCUUUCAGCACGAGCGAGUGCGUAAGUCUAGCGGGGGGCAAGGUGCUGCGCGUGGGAGCGCCAAUGCUGCGAUCACAAGUGUGAAGGGUAAGAUCGCGCGGGGAGCUAGGACGGGCUCGAGUGCAGUGCCAGUAAGGGACCCCACGGUUCGGACUGCACCUGCCAAUGCCAAGCGGAAAGCGCAGGACGACAUGCCACCCCCCAGCACUGCCGCAUCCGCCAAACGGAGUGCCGCCACGCGCGACAAUGGUCGAACGAGAGCGCCUCGCAAAAGUGAGUGAUUUCUGUUGCUUCUAGCUGGACGUUGUUGGAGUCGGACGAGGACGAGAGGGCGAGUUCUAGAUAAAGCGGCCUACCGCGACAUGGAGUCAGGAGAGGUCGACAGACAGCUAUCUGUCCUGCAUCCCGCAAGCGCAGGAGCUUGCAAGUGCCACCACAAGGCAUUGCGUAAAUACUGCGAGCUCGCACUGACUUGCUCGACACAUUUACACAGCGCAUGGCGAGGAAGGAGACGAGGACUUUAUCUUCACUCGGGCAGACGCGGCGGACGCUGCACCAGUAGCCAAGUCCUCGAGGAAAGCUAGCGGGUCGCGAGCGUCCGCCUACACUUCUAAGACGCGGCAGGAGCCGCUUCCAUCAGACGAGGUCGGCGAGACACCAAUCAAUCGACGCAAUCAGCAAUUUCGUGCUGGUCUUGGUUUUGGGAUGGGGUUGCCUUCCUCCUCGACCAUUUCGCAAAGAGCAGACUCAGGCGCCUCGAGCGCUGCAGCGCCUCAAGCGAGAGGGCGAAGGGACUCAAUGGGUCUGAAAUCACAGAGACGAGUCUCUUCACUGCGGGAUGGCACUAUUGCCUAUCCGCACGCUUCGAUCCCGGACUCUGAUUUAUUCAGGCACUGCUCCAAUACUUUGCCUCCGCUGGUGCGCAUGCGGCAUCUCUCAGCAUGGGUGCUCAAUCGCGGCAUCGACGAUGCUUUGAAGGGUCACUUGGAUUCAAAAACGGCCAAAGCAAUAGCAGACGCCAAAUCAUUCGGAAGCAGCGCGAAUGGAAUCGCUGCGCCCAAAGGCAAAGGGAAGGAUAAGACACCGGCACCUCCUCCAUUAGCGCUGACAAACGGAAAAUUCGCCCAUGUCAAGGAAUUGAGCUCGAAAGAAAGGUCCGAAUUGGGUAAGGCAAGAGGCGCUGUUGAAGGCGCGUUGCAACGUACUCUGGUGGACAUCGACUCUGCAAAGAUCGACUUGACCUGGGAGGACAAGGUGAGCAAGGUUAGUCGCUGAAAGUUUGAAACCACUAGCUUACGGAGUACCUGCCCACACUUCCCCAUCAGUCGAAAGCUCCGCCUGGUAAAGCGCCGCACCCUCGCAACGUCACCAAUGCAGAUUUAGAGAGGGAGCUCGCUGCAACGAUUGAGUCUACGAAGCGUGAGCUGAAAGCUUGGCAUACCGAAAUAGCGGAACUGGAAGCAUUUGAAGCACAGACCGCUGCGCUUGAGGCACGAGCAGGGAAAUCGUCGAGCAAUGGGAAGUCUUCAAGCGGAAGCGGAAAGCUGGAAAGAAAGACGGUCGAGGAGCUAGACGUGGAUCCAAAAGAGGGGGACUUUAGGUGGGACCCUGACCAAGACCUCGAUGAGGAGAUGCGCAAGAUCUAUUCGGAUGCGCGAUCCGUCCUAGGCGCUGAGGCACACUGGGCGCCUAAAAGUGGCGGCGAGAAGGUAGACCGCGAGAUCAGGCGGGCGGCCAAGGAAGCAGCUGCGAUCGAAGCUGGGCGCUCCUCCAAGGACAUCAAGUCCGAGCUGGGUGGCAGCGACCUUGACGCGCGAUGGGCCGAUGUAGAAUAUAAUGUGAGCCAAUCUGGUCGCCUCGGAUCACUCUCUGUGCAAUCGCUGACUCGCCCGCGCUCCUUCUCAGGUCGAUCGGCUGCGUACCCGCACGCACCCUUACACGCAGCUCUCGGAGAUCUCCGAGAGAUACGUGACGACUAUUUCUGCACGUGCAGCUCAGGAACUCGCUUCGCGCUCGAUGCUCUCCUCACACGGCGGUGCUGGUUCGAGCGGUACUUCGAGUGCUGGAGCCGGCAUCUGGCCCAGCGACCAAAGAGAUCCAGCCGCGGCGUCCACUGCUUCCACCUCGACUGCGCAGAGUCGUACAGAUGUUGAGAAUCUACUCAGGGGAGUGAGGGACAGGUCCAGGGUGGCUGCCAGGGCAGCUGCCGCCUUGCGGGACCGCGAAGAGCAAGCGAAAGUAGCUUCUCUGAGUGGGGUGGCGCAGGAUGCUGGAGACACGACCGUCGGCGAUGAUAGCACUCUCGACCUGCUCAGAGCCUUGUCCAGCAAGGACCACUAG